GUCGCUCGAUCGGUGGUUGAGCAGCAGCGACUUGUAAUAUUGAGUUUUGAGGCCUCUCAUAGCGAUACAUCUCGUUCGGUAUCCCUUGAGACGUUUCCAUAUAAUAAAAACGGAGCUAUCCCGACCGCAGUGUCUAAAGUGCGGAAUAAUCGUUGAUUGUGAGAGCGAUACGACCGGCGAAGUGCUACACUUCGGAUUACUCGUUCGAAUACUACAUACUUUUUUAUAUUCGGAAAUUCGGAGAAUACAUAAUUAUAAUGGAAAGAUUAAAGUAGAUAUAAAGUUUCUGUUUUUUUUGUACAAACAUCGAAAAGCUGAAGGUUCAUGAAAUAGCGAUAAGUUUUUCUCCGAGUAUUAUAAUCGUCGCGAGUAUAUACUUGUACUCAUUUUUUUUUACAUAUGUCUGCUACGUCGCAACGCGGCUGAUAGCAGCGAUCGGUCGAGCUUAUUCCGAAGACAAAAUUUAAAUGAAAUGGCCAUUAUUGGGUGGUUCAGUUUCUCAUGACUUGUAUUUCCAUAACGAUAAAAUACAACACGAGAGGAGCAACACCUCGACGAAAUUGUCAGAUUCGUCAAAAGCAUGCACCUUGCUGCCGCAUUAUCGCCUCUGCGAUUUUCAAUUCAUUGCUCGCCUACCUGUCGCGAAUAACGAAAUGAUGAAUAUAACAGCUCAAGCUCUCAACGAGACGGAUAGUUUCGAGCCUCCGAUCGACAUGCGUUUCAACGAGGGCCAUUUGGUCAGUAUUGUCACAUACAGCGUUCUCAUGGUAAUAUCCAUCGCUGGGAAUACCACAGUUUUGGUUCUUAUAUGUAAAAAAAGGCGUACCAAUCGAUCGAGGAUCAACACGAUGUUGAUUCAUCUAGCAAUUGCAGAUUUGAUGGUUACAUUGCUUACGAUGCCUCUAGAGAUAGCGUGGGCCGUGACCGUAUCGUGGAGAGCCGGCGAUGCCAUGUGCCGAAUAAUGGCGUUUUUUCGUAUAUUUGGAAUAUUCUUGUCGUCAUUUAUCCUCGUUUGUAUAAGCGUCGAUAGAUAUUAUGCUGUGCUUCGGCCCCUCCAUCUGAUGGACGUCGAUUGGAGAGGCAAAGUAAUGCUCAUUGGGGCCUGGUCCGCUGCUGUCCUCUGUUCGGCUCCUCAAAUGGUUGUUUUUCACGUACAAGCACAUCCGAAAGUACCAACGUACGAACAAUGCAUCACGUAUAACGCCAUUGCGAGUGACAGCCACGAGCUUAUAUACUUCCUUUUCGGGAUGGUCAUGAUGUACUGCUUUCCCCUGAUUGUCAUCAUAUACACGUAUUCGAGCAUUCUCUUGGAGAUUUACAGACGCUCCAGGGAAUCAGUUAGUGAUAGAAUUCGUCGUUCUUCACUCGGAUUUCUCGGUCGGGCGAAAAUACGAACCCUCAAAAUGACCAUUAUUAUCGUUGUUGUUUUCUUCGUCUGUUGGACACCUUAUUACAUCAUGAGUGUUUGGUACUUCAUCGAUCGUGACACAGCAACGCAGCUCGACCAACGUAUUCAAAAAGCUCUCCUUCUCUUCGCCUGUACGAAUUCAUGCAUGAAUCCCAUCGUUUACGGCGCUUUUAAUAUUCGUCGCAAUUCUCAGAAAUCUGCGCGGGUGCCUACCAUUGAGACACGUGUUACACCGCUUUCUUUAUCGUUAACGUAGGAAUACUCGAAAUUACCGACCAAGGAGCUUCGUUCUCAUGCGUUCUGCUACAUCAGAUACACCAAAUCCGUCGACCCGACGAAAUCCUCCGGUUCUCGUCUGAAAACCCGAUCGAACGCGAUCAAUUUGAAAAACAAAUGUUGACGAUCGGUCGCACGAUAAUACUCACGAGUUAAAAUAAAUGUUGUGUAAACUAUUUUAUUUGUAAACGGUAUUUCAGUUCCUAAUUAUAUUUAAAAGACGAAUAUAUACGAAUUCUCAUCAUAUUGUCAAUAAUUAUAAUGAGUAACAGAUUGUUUUAUUUAUUCACUUGCUUCCAAUGUCAAAUAAAAUCAUCGUUUUUUAA